GUUUGUAAAUGGACGUAGAUCUAAUGUUAUUAAUGUGAUAGAAAAGUAACCUAAAGUGUAGCACGAUGAAUAUACGUGUAAAACAACCAGUAAUUAUUGGAAACUGUUAUAGAGGGCAACCUAAUCGACUAUGGGAGGUUUUUAUUUUGAAGUGGUUCCUGGUAGCUGUCGCCUGCCUUAUUGCCGCAGGUGCUGUAACAGUAUACUUGGCACACUACUUCAUGAAGACAUGCUAUACAUCAACCAAUGUCACUGGCGUAACGGCACAACACAGUGAUCUGAAUACAUACAAGGGCCAAUUACAAGACAUGGGAAAUGGUUACUCAUUAUUUAAACAAGAAGAUAUGACACAAAUAUGCAAAACUGAUGGAUUGACUGGCAGCCAACAAAUGAGAAAACAUAGUACAAAGCUUGUGUGUUAUUAUACAUUUCCAGGACCAGGUGGUUUGGUGCCAGACAAAAUCGAUCCUUUUCUUUGCACUCACAUUAACAUUGCAGGAGUUGGUAUAAAUAAUAGCAAGCUGGAACCACUUAGUGAAGAAAGACAAGAAGUCAUUAAGUCUCUUGUUGGUCUCAAAAUUCGUAACAAAAAUCUUAAAGUUAUCCUGUCUGUGAUUGGUAUGCCAGGUGGAUUUGGAGAUAUGGUUUCAAAGUCAUCAUCCAGGAGAAUGUUCAUCAAAGAUUUGUUGUGGACACUGUCAUACUAUUCAUUCGAUGGUGUUGAUUUUGACUGGGAAUUCCCCGCUUGGCCUGGUAAAAUUUCAGAACGCAAAAAAUUUAUUAUUUUUUUGAAGGAGCUGCGAGAUGCAGUUCGGAAAAGUCAACUAAACACUAUUGUGAGUGUAGCUGUCGCAGCACAAGAGACGAUUGUGGAUGUUUCAUAUGAUAUUCCUGAAAUGAACAAAUACAUUGAUUACGUAAAUCUCAUGGCAUAUGACUACCACUUUUAUACUGAGUAUACCCCAUUGACUGGGCCUAAUGCUCCAUUAUAUAGCCUUCCAAGUGACAAAGGUUACAUGUCCACACUCAACACAAAUUGGUCUUCACUUUACUGGCAUGAUAGAGGCAUGCCUAAGAACAAGAUCGUCAUUGGAAUACCAACUUAUGGCCAUUCCUUCUGGCUCAUUAAUGCUGAGAAUCAUGGUUGGUCAGCUCCUGCUUCAGGAUAUGGAAAAAUUGGAAGUAAAGGAUUUGUAAGCUAUCCAGAAGUGUGUCAGUUCCUUCAUUCCACUGGAAGUAAAUACAUUUUUGAUAAAAAUUUUGAAGUGCCCUAUGCUUACCAGGGUUUGGAGUGGAUUUCGUAUGAUGAUGAAUGCAGUGUAAUGUACAAGGCAAAGUAUAUCGCCAGUGGCUCUUAUGGAGGAGCAAUGGUAUUUUCUCUCAAUGUAGACGACCAUCAAGGUGUGUGUGCUGGUACAACAUUCUUGCUGACAACACAGAUAAGGAAUAUUCUAGGAGUUUCUUGGCAGUAAGAUGAUACCAACUUCUCUUGUAAGCAGUCUACCAUGAUAAGACAUCCACAAAACACAAGUGGAUGAAGUUCACCGAAACAGAAUUGAAUGAUGUAUGUACUUCAGUACUGUUUCCAGGCAAAAAUGAAUCAACUUUGUCACUUUUCGAAGUUGUUUAUAAGCCCAAGAUGCUUAGAAGGGCUGGAAUUAAAGACAGAUAACCCGUAUUAUUGGUGUUACAGAUGAAGUUCCAAUAGUUUGUGUUUGCAUGUAUCCAACUAUAAAUGACACACAGCCUUUUACUUUCAGUUACAUUUUUAGUACCAUUUGACAACCCCAAGUGUGGUCUAGGUCAUUGCAGCAACUAAUGUCAGGUGGCAAAAGUGAUGCAGUUACUUCUCAGUUGAAACACAGAACUUGUCUUCACAGAGCUGUACAUUGGCUUGCUUGUAAUAUUAAAUUGACCAACAAAUAGAAAAGUGUGACUUUUAGAAAAAAUAUGACAAGUUGUUUUUGGGAUCAGCUAUGAAUUCAUUCAACAUGGUGAAUCAGUGUGUAGUAUCCUGAUGUACUUACUUGGAAAUUUGCAAAGAAGUACAUUCAUGAUCAUGCAGCACAGGCUUUCGCGGCCAGUGUAGGCACAAGUAUUUUCCUUAGAACAUGACAUAAUUCGCAGAAACCCCAUGUCAAUAAGGAAGUAUAUUCAUGAUCACAGUCCAUAAGGAAUUUCCGAUUUACAGUUGGACUGUACCAGUGUGUACCUAGUUUAUAUCCCUGCCUCUCAUUUUAUCAAUCAGCAUGAAUAUUGUGGUGAUCCACAAACUUGGAUCACAGGUGGGAUUGUCAAGCGAUUCAGUUAGAUUCCAGUUUAAACAAAUGUUGUGAUGUAACUGAAUGUUAAUAAAAUUUUAUCUACAGCUCUAUUA